AUGGUCCUGGUGUCUCUUCACAGCAUUAAAACCUUAACUAAGACAAGUCUGGAUGCUGUGACUUUUGAUCAGAGUUGUGUGAGAGCAUAGGAAUGUAUACUACUUUAAGAGUUUUUAAACAAAGAUAAAGGACUCUUCAAAACCCUUUCAGUCAUUUGGUUCUGGGAUGAACAUAGCCCAUGGCCUCUGACAGUACAGGCAGAAAACCUGUUUAGAUGGGCAGUCCUGAGCAUUUUGUUUAUUGCCUCUUCAUACUCAAGGUUCUAAUUGGGCAUGGUGCUUGACCUGGUUGUAGAACUGAGGCUUGUCAGCAGUUUGUGACUCCUUAGGCCUGCCUUGCAGCUUGUCAGGUUGCAUUUGGGCUGCAUGGCAGCUCUGUCUCAGCACAUCAGUAAACUCAGUAUGUCUCUGCCAGGUUCAUCAUUCCCUUAGGGCAGCGUGCUCCUGGGGGAAGAAAGGGGAACACCUCCCAUUGCCCAUCAUUCUCUGCUUGUAUAUAGUUGCUGAAUAGUUUGGGGAGAACAUAAUUCUAUUUGGAGGGAAAAAAAAUGACUUUUCUUAGCCACCAGAACAAACCAUUUUCCCCACGCAUAAAAGAAAUCCCAGCUGUGUGGCCACAUGUCAGCCUCUUCGUGAUGCUUCUGGGUUUUCUUAGUGGUAGAGAAGGAAAAUAGUCACAAACUGACUCCUAUGUAAAACAGAACUGAGUUUCCCCAUCCUUUGUAUCCAUAUUUAUGACUGCUGUCUUGGGAUGACAAGCUAGACACCUGCUGGUCCUGACCCAGCCAGUCCCUGGCAGUGACAUCUGAAAAGGGAGGCCAGAGGUUUGGAGUGGUGUGUUCUCUGCUUCCAGACUAGUUGUAUCUGACCUUAGGGAGAUUUAGACUGGUUAUUUGAGGGAGAGAACUGUGACUGUUGAGGCCCUCCCCAGUGACCCUGUGGUCCUAUAUAACUGCUUUAGUUGAAGAGGAUUUUAUGCACCAGGUGAUCUCCUGACUAACGCAUCCAUUCAGCUCCCCAUUAGAGCACCUGCCACUCUGAACCUUCCUACAACUCUGCGUGAGUGUCAGUGUCUCAUUUUGAAUUUCCAUCUUGACUCAUCUGUCUCUAGGCAAAAAUCCCUGCAAAGAUUUAAAUUGGGAACCAGACCUUGAGAAUGUCUGUUGAAAGCAUUUCAGAGUUUCUGGAUAAAUGCCUUUCCCUUCUUAACCCAAUCUGUUUCCCAGUUCUGCCCAGUGGACUCUAGAGCAGGCUAGCUUUGAGGACGUUUCUCAGCUGAGGUGGACACUAUGCUAUUUCUUAAAAAAAGGACCUCAUCUUCUUAGCCUACAUGAGAUUAUCAAGGGCCAGAUCCACUGUGACAAAGGGGCUAUAUUGUUGCUCCCACAGCCAAGGAAAUAAAAAUGGCCUACUAUCCAUCCCAGAGGAGAGCUGAUUAUUUUGUGGUCAUAUGAUGUCUAAAACUGAGCCCUGUAGGACUGUGGCUGAAGGAACCUCCUCUUUGUUACCAGAGCUUAUGCUGACUGCUCUUUAUCACCCUUUAUCCUCUGUAUUAGUUGUUUAUUUCAUUGCUGUGACAAAAUUCCUGACGAAAAAGCUCAGCUUCAGGAAGGAUUGAUUUAUUGUGCCCGUAGUUGGAGGACGCAGUCCAUCAUAGUGAGAAAGGCACAGUGGCGUGGGCGUGAGACGGCUGCUCACAUUGAGUAGACAGCUAGUAGGCUGAGAGAGAUGAACACUGGGGCUUUGUUUACCUUUUCUUCAUUCAGUCUGGGACCCCAGUACAGAAUGUAAGUACACUUAUAUUCAGGGCAGCUCUUUCCACCUAAAAAUGCCUGAGUCCUAUCAAGUUGACAGGAUUAACCAUCACAUCCUCCUUGCUCUUGCUUAAAGCAUGGAGCAGUGGUAAGCACAAGAAUAAUUUGUGGUCAAAGAUGUGAACACUCAUGUGAAAUUUCAAGGCUCUAAUGGGAGAUAGCGAAUUUUGUGCUUUCUGAUGUCUUGAACAUAUCUUCCAUUCUCUGAGCCAUUGUUUUUCUAGAAAGCCAGAGCUGCUUAGGAGAUGGGAUGUACACAUUUAGACAGAUGGACAAGACAGGAUCCAUUAGCCUUUGUAAUACUACUUGAGUCCUCGACCAAGCCCUGGAACCCCACCGGUGGAUAGGGCAUGAAGAACUAGGUUGCUUAGGCAAUGCCCUGGUGCUGGGGAAUCUUCCUUGUUCUUGAUAGUGUGAGCUUUCCCUCAUUUUAGAAUGCCUGGGCCCAGACUUCGUAAAGGACAGUUACCGUUCUUGACUCUUUAUGCUUGGCUGCAGAGCUGGGGAAGGAUUCUGAUUUAAUCAGUCUUUCCUCUAUUUGUGUUAAACCCUGUACCUCUCCUGGCUCAAGCCUGGGAAACUCCACAGUAAAUUGGCUGUGGCUUCCACUGAAAUUUGACAGUUUUCAAGUUAUUUUCUUCCUCUGUAUUUAGAUGUGGUUAUAGUUGUGCUGUCAGCCCUUAUCUCUUCUGUCAUCUAGCCAGCUCCCAACUGGGUUAGGAGGUAUUUGUUCUGCUGUCAGUGUUGGCUGCAUAAUGAGGUGGAUGGUUAAGAAAUGGGUUAUUUAGCAUCUUUUGGAAUCUAAUUUUUCUGCCUUGGCUGAGGGGAGAUCAAUGUUAUUGGAAGAAGGCAGCAAGGAGGCAAAUGUUGGCUCUGAAACCAACCCUUUCUCCUUGGGAUCUUGGAUAAGGUAUGGAGAUCAUGAUUGAUUUAAAAUCUUGUUUGGAGCCAGACAUAAUGGCUUAGGAACAUGUAAUCCUAGCAUUGGGAGGCAGAAGCAGGAGGAUCACUGCAAGUUCAAAACUAUCCUGGUCUACAAAGUGAGAUUCUGCCUCAAACAAGCCAAGAUUAAAUAAGUCAAAGCUUUGUUUUAUCUGUCACAUAGGACUGCCUACCUUGACAUACCACCUGAUUUCUGGGUUAGAUGGGCAAAAGUCUUCUGUGGAUUGCUACAGGAAUGUUUGAGAUAAAUGCCGAAUCAGUCAAGUUUGCCUCCCGAUUUUGACCUGAGGAAGAGGAAGGCCUUUUCUCAUUGUGCCAGGUUCAGGGAAGGCAGAAGAGAAGCAGCGUGACUGGAUUGUUACUGGCAGUUCAGGGCUAGGCACAGUGAGCAGUGUUUUCCCAUCCGUGGCUGCAGAGUGGACCAAGGGAGCGUGUUUCAUGUACCUGCCACCUUAUGUUCCAGAGCUUCAGUGGUACCUACGUUAUACUCAGAUAUGUUACAGUGAGCAGUCUGAGUGUUCUUUGAAGAUAAAGAUGCUUGAUUUCAUAGUACAUCCUACAGAGACUUGUGGAAUUGUUAGAAUUAGGAAAACAUGAGAACAACUAGACCAGAAAAAUCUCCGUAGACAUAAGGCUGCCAUUGGGAAAGGCAAGCUGGGAUAUUGGGGAUCAUGAAAAUAGGACUCUGCGUCUUAGACAGCUUUAGACUGAUGUUGUAUUCAUUUGGGUUGCCAAGUUCUGAAUUCUGGAUUCCAAAAGCAGCCUUUGGUCUUGACUGUUGCAGUUGAGACCCAUUUUGUUUAACUCAGUUUCCCCUCCUCCCUAGUCACUGUAUCUCCAUAGCCUAAGGGAAUUCUUUUGCAGUAGCUGUUCAGAGAAACUGCUUGAGGAUGUAAACUGUGAGAAAAUGGCACGAUUUGAUGUGAACUGCACUUGGUCACUGUCCCUGUCCUUCAGCUUCUCUAAAGGCUGAUGACAGACAGACCUUAUGUAUGGUAAACCAAUCCAGAGCUUAUUUUACUAGAAGAGAAAUCUGUCUUUGUAUUGUGUGCUAGCUGUAUUCUGGGUUCCCCCUGAGAUUUGGAGCUCCUUAAAGUAUAGAGCUCUGUGGUACAUCUCUCUUAAAUUCUAAAGAUGUGAGAGGGGUGUAAAGACAGGAGAGAAGAAGGAUAGGGAAGAAAGAAGGAAGAAAAUGGGGGAAGGGAGAGAGAGUAAGAUCUAUAUUUAGCAAGAGGGAGAGACACUCACCCAGGGUGUGUGAGUGAGCUUGCUGGCAGGAUUGUGUGUGCGUGAGUGUGCUGGGAAGGGGGUGUGUGCGCCAGCAACGUGUGAGGAGGGCUGGUGCCCUAUGGGAGGGUGCAGGCAGGCAGGAAGCAGCUGGAGAGGAGGAGGAGCAGAAGCGGGAGCGGAGCUGCCCUGCUUUCCUCUCAGUCUCAAAGCCCGGAAAGGAUUGAGUUAGAAUUCCACAUCCAGUUGAAGUUUCCUGCUGUUGCCUUCAGCAGCCUGGUCUUCAGAAUCUCCCCUCAGCAGAGAGGUGUGGACCAGACUGGAUUCCUAGAUUUGCAGCCACCAGACUCCUGCCCCGCCUUCACUGAGGGGAUUUCUCUGCUAGGCAUUGUUCCUCUCGUCAACUUUGCAAGGAGGAGCCAGCCAGCAGGGUGCAGCUGAGAAUUAGAGCUCCUUGGCGCUGUUUGUUGGUUGUUGGGCAGGCGGCUGUGCUGUGGCUCAGAAAGUUCAUCCUGUGGCUUCUUCAGUCUAAGGAGUGCUUCUGAUGGAUUACCUCUUAAAGGCAGUGCUUGCAUUCUAAAACUUGAGAAUUUGUGGCUUUAAUGUUUUUUCCUUUUUCAUUUUCUUAACCUUAUUUUGGUUGCAGCAGCAAGGAUAAGAGCCAAACCAGGAACCGGGGAAAUGUGUCAGGUUUGAGGCUCAUGCAUGAGGUCAUUCCAGGCAUCACUCUGAGCUAAGUCAAAGGCUUCAACUAGCAAUAAUUGCUAAAAACCAAUCCAUAAAAGGAAGAAAGAAAAGAAAGGAAAAAACGGGACAGGCUCUUCUAAGACAAUUUCUAUUAAGUAUCCCAACGAGAGAAAGAAGCAAAGAACCAACACUUCUCCUGAAGGGAAAAAUGAAACGAUUGUUGCGAGAGUCUGAGGAAGAAAUCAUGCUCACCUUGGGACCUUCAUCCAGCCUCUCACCAGACAAGGUUAGGGCAGAGACUAUAUGUGGUGUCAAGAGCAAGUCCACAGGUCCUACCGGAUCCUUACCAGAAGACAGCUUCCUGCCCCCUUGCUGUGAGUCAGCAGACUCCACCACUACUGGAGAGAGAGAUGGGGACCUGGCCCAACUUUGCAGCUUUGAGCAGCAAGCCAACAAUCCUCUGGCCUCUGCUGCCUGUGUUUCAGGGUCUGAUUCUCGGGAACUCUCACCUGCCAGUUGUUCAGAGCCUUCAGAGAGAAACCAAGCUGGGCCCUUUUUGUCCAGAGGCCCUGGCCAAAGCUGCAGCCAUGAACAGCGAGAACCUUUGGGAGAUGUAGUAGAAUAUAUUAUCAGAGAGCUGCAAGGUAUCAGUCGUCUUCAGUCUGAGAUUGCUGAGCUGCGACAGCACUUGAGCCAAGUCCGGGGCUCUGUAGAUGAAGUGUCUAGCUGUGUAGACUCAGUACUGAGUGAAAUAGAAGGCCUGCAUGUGGGUAGCAGCUCUCUGGUCAAGGUGUGUGAUGGAGAAAAGGCCCUGGAACCCCAUGUAGAAAGAGAGGAAGCCAUUCUUUAUCUAUAUGGGCUUCCCGAACAUGAUGGGGAAAACACCAUGGAGCUAGUAGACAACUUCCUAGCUAAACAUCUCUGUGUUAAUGGUAUGCAGUGCAACAAGUACAUCAGAGAGGCAUACAGGGCAGGCACAGCUCCUGUUCCCCGGCCCACUGUGGUGAAACUUGUUCAUCUAGAGCACAGGGACCUCAUCUUGCAGAAAUCUAUCCUCUUGCAGAGUGUGGGAGUCAGGGUUGCUACCAGAGAAGAGCCAGUGUGGCCACAAGGGUGUAAGAAUCCCCCAAAGGAGUCUCUAUCAUGCUUGCAACAACUUCAAGACUGUAGUUGGAACUCUUUAAAUCAGGGUAAACCAGCUCUUCAGAUGGAAACAAGGAACAGAAGAUACAUGAUGGGACCAGACCAGCUGAGGACUCAGAAUCAACAUAGAGGACCCCAGGGUUCUGAGCAGCAAGGCCUUUGCUUCUUACCAAAGGAUGGUUUAACAAAACAGAGUGAUAUGUCUAAGCUGCAGGAUGAAGUAGAAGGAACAUCAGGAGCAUCCCGGGUAAUCAGUGAUCAUUGUGAUGAGCUGUCUCCCCUCUGUCAACUUGAGGAGUCUUCCUCGGUGUUACUGUCAAAAGAGGAAGAUUAUGGGAAAUCACAGAUUUUCAAACAGGGCAGCCAAGACCAUGAAGCAUGUAAAGUAACAAAACCACAAACUGACUGCAGUGGUAACAGUAAGGACAGCAGUUGUCUUUCAUUGUCCAAAUCACUGAAAGCAGAGAGGGUAAAUGCAGAGGACACAAUUCUAGGCUGUGAAGCUGGACUUGAUAUUCUGAGCUCGAGGCAGCUAGAGGACCUUUUGGCAGACAAGUCUAGAAGGUUUACCACUCUGAGCUCUGACAGCACAGUGGAGGAAAUGAUCAUAGGGCCUGAGACUUUCAGUAACAUGGUUCAUAUUGACCUAAAUGAAGACGAGAACUGUGCUGCCCAGGUCCUUAAGGAUGUCUUUGAUAAGUCCUCCUGUGUUCUAAGUGGCUCCCAGGAGGAUGAGGAUGUAGAAAUUAAAUUUUACUCAACUAAGCUGAGCCGAGCAAUCCACCACUUUCGUUUGGCUCUUCAGGGGGUGUUUCAGAAGCUGGAAAACAAUGGAUCUGUCAGUCCUGAGGACCUGGAAAGCAACGAAAGUGGUUCCCAGUCAGAGAACAGUGACAGACUUCUCAGGACAGCGAGUUCGGGCGGUGCCCAUGACUGUUCAGUGGAGAGUCCUGGGAGUCAGGGGAGUGAGAGCUUUCUCAGUGUGGUCUCUGGUGGAGUAGGCAUCUCUACACAGGGUGAUCAGACACCUCAAGACCCAAGCAACUUCUCUCUUGCUUCUAAUAGCUCACCUCUUGCAAACUCAUUGCUCAGUUUCCCUAUAGCCCCAUGUCUGGGAAAUGAGACUUGUUCCAGGCCUGACACUCCUGAUCAAGGCAAACUGAGUUUAGAGCAAGUGUGUGCAGAGACCAUUUACCUCAACAAGUGCAUCAAUAAUUUUAAAAAUGUUCUAAGAGAGAAAAGACUGAGGCAGAAAAAACUUUUGCAAGAGCUAGUACAGACAGCAAGCCAUCUUUCAGUAGAAGACAUCCCCUCAGGUAUUCUGAGUUUCUGUGUAAUGGGAUUCCAGCUGUCUCAGUAUGGCGUCAGAGUGGUGGCGAGUUUCACAAAGUGAUGGGGUUGGUCUAUGGCUUGAAUUAGUGUAAAUUAUUUUAAUACAGACCUAAAAAUAAAUCUAUGGGAAAUAGAAGGAAAUAGAAGGUAAUAGGAAGGAAGUUUUAGCCUCUGUCCUUAGGACAUUUCCAGUCUAUUAGGGGAACCAUGGGAAGUAGCCUUUCAAAAGAGAGGGAAACAUUUGGGCCUCAAAAGGCUACAGUUGUUGAUGCGGGAAGCAAGAAGGGGAAAUAAAGCACAUUUAUUCCUUGGUGCCAGAGAGGCAGAAAAAGAAUCCCAUGUUGUGUUUUAAAAUACUUGUUUCAUGGUCUACUUUGAAAAAUUCCCAUUUCUCCAGUAGUUGAUGAUGCUUCUUCUUGGUCACUGGAAAUUUCCUCACCUCCGACUCUACCUGUUGCUGUCAUGGUUCUGGCCUUGCCCACACAGCCUUGCUUCUGACUUGGAGCACCCAGGAGCUGCCUCCUUGUACUGACCCUGCCCAUGGGUCCAGCUGCCCUUCAGGCAUCAUAUUCCCCUUUUGCUUUCCCCAGAUACCUGAGAACUAAAAUGAAAUGUGUUUUUUUUUUUUCACAGCAGGAAAUGAAAGAACUUGUUUCUAGGCAGCAUGGAAAUAUGUAGUUUUACAUUUUCUUCUCCCAAUCAAAAUUAAAUUUAUCCAAAGAGCAUAUGCUAUAUUUAUCCAAUUUUAAAUGUAAAUGGGGUUAUCCUCUUUUGCAUAUAACCUGAUUAGGUUUCCCAAGACAGAAUUAAAAUGGAGAAACAUAUCUUAUUGGCAGAGGUGUAAGGGAUCAGGUAGUCAUACAAUGCUGAUGGGAUGGGAUGAUGUAACUUCUAAGGAAAGCAUUCGGAAAAAUGUAUCAAUGUUGUAAAUACACACACCUUUUGAGCCCUCGGUCUCACUUCCAGGAAUGUAUCCUGCAGACAUAUUUUUACAUGUGGAAGUGGCAUAUGUACAAGGCUAUUUUUGAAGUAUUGUUUUUAAUAGUAAGGAUUGAAAACAACCUAAAUGCCCUUUAAAUAUAUGAUGAAAUAAAAUUUUGGCACAAAUAAACAAUGGGAUGCAGUACCAUGUAGCUAUAAAAAAAGUGAGGUAGCUCUUUAUUCAAAUGGAAAGCUACCUAAGCUUUGUCGACCUGAAAAAAAGCAUAGUACAGAAUGGUGUGUAUGAGACGCUUCCAUUUCUAUAAAAAGAGAGGGAAAGAAAUUCACCCCCAUAGAGCCUGCUGUAGUAUAUAAUAUUGAGGGAGAGAUACACGAGGAACUGAUGUGGUCGUGUGUUAAUUGGCAGAAAUACAGCCUGAGAAAGGCACCAUUGCUAACUUCCUCAUUGUGUUAGCACUGAAGUAUACAUACACAAACCUAGAUAGUAUAGUCUACAGGAGACCUAGACCAUGUGAUGUACAACAUUUUUAUAUGUAGCCCAUUGUUCACUCAAAUGGUAUGUAGCACAUGGCCAUAUAUGGUUCUCCAUGGGAGAAAGUUUAUUGGAUGAAAAACUAGUGGAAUAAGAUGGAGGUGUUUUUUAAUUUUUAAAUAUACUGUAUAUCUCUUCAAUAUUUAAGGACUUAAAUAAUGUGAAUGGUAAUGUCAAGUCAUAAAAUUCAAUUUAGAAAGUAAAAAAUGGAAAUCGUGUCACUCUCUUUUCAAAUAUCCCCGGAGCUGUUCCUGAUAAAUUAUAUAUGUAUAAAGUAAUCCACAUUCCUUCAGCUGGUUUCUGGUUAUAUUUCAGGUUUAUCUUCUCUUGUUCUACUGUACCCCUCCCCAAAGGGAGCUUCUGUCCUGCAGUUUGUCUUGCUUUCUGUUUCCAGUGCACUGGCGUAUAUAUGCUUCCUUCUAACCUGAGGCCCUUGUGCGUUCACAUGCCGCCUCCCGCAUUUACUCAUUCUCAACAGCCCAAAGCACCCUCUAUAAUUCCCCUCUAGAAGAGAUUUCUUUUCUUCUUUACUCUGAAGCCAGUUUUUCCCUUCCUUGAACAUCCUGAAACUACUUCUUUGUAGCAGCAAAAGAAACACUGUGUUGUCAAAACAGUGCAUCCUUCCAACUCCGUAAAACUUGAAGGAGAACUGCUGGGUCAGAAAAGCCCUGAGAUACUUUAAACUGCUGGUCUGUCAUUAAUCCUCCUCCUAGAGAGUCUGUCAGCAACUAGACACAACUGGUAGUCAUUUUCUUGUUUUUAUUAUGAAAGUUUUAAUGUUGUAGUUUACAUAUCAUAAAAUUGCCCUUACAUCCCUUCAAAAGUAGUCUAGCAUUUUUGUUUGUUUAUAUAUUUAUAUAAUUAUAAAAUCAUCCAUUAUCUAAUCUAAGAACAUUUCCAAUAUCUUAAGAAUCCCCAUUAGCAAUCAGUCUCCCACCCCUUUGCAUUCAGCCUCUGACAACCACUAAUCUACUUUGUGUGUUCUGCAUAGUUUCCAUAAAUGAAUUCGUAUAAUAGCAGACACUUUGUGUAUGGUUUCUUUUAUUUAGCAUGUUUCUUGGUCUCAUUAGUGGUUUUGCACACAUUGGUACUUCAUUUCUUUUUGUGACUGAAUAAUAUUUAUUGGCUGAACAUUCUAUUGAUGGUCAUUUGGAGAAUUGUUAACACUUCUUGUUCUUAAGAGUAAUGUAGGCCAGGCGGUGGUGGCACACGCCUUUAAUCCCAGCACUCGGGAGGCAGAGGCAGGUGGAUCCCUGUGAG